AAAGUUAAAUGAUUCUACGAGUACUCCUACUGCGCGAAUAGUCUCCCCAGAUCUUAAAACUAAAACAAGUUUAUUAUUAGAUUCCGGAUCGGAAAUUAAUAUUAUCAAGAAACCUGCUUUACCCGAGUCAGCAAUCAUCAACGAACAAGAAGCAAUUGAAAUUCGAGGGAUUACGGCAACAAGCCUGGUCUCCCUAGGGCAGACAAUAAUACAGGUUGCGGGCCACCCAGUUAUUUUCCAUGUAGUUGAUGAUUCGUUGCUAAUCGAUCAAGACGGAAUCUUAGGAUCCGAAUUUUUUGCAGGGUGCAAGGCUCGUUUGGACUACGAGCGAAAAUACAUCAAAUGGGGAAAUAUUUAUAUCCCCUUCGAUACAAAAGAAAAAUUAAUCGUGCCGAAACGAAGUUCGAUAAUAUGCUCAAUUAAUAUUGCAAACCCGGAAAUAAAAGAGGGAUUUAUUCCAAAAAUCGAGCCAAUCAAGGGAGUCUAUUUUGGUAACGCAGUGGUGAGAAACCAUAAGGGACGGGGUUAUAUAAAAAUAAUAAAUACCACUACGAGAGAUUAUGAAUUUACAACACCCACCAUGGUAAUUAAAGAGUUUGAAAAUUUCACCUCGUCCCCCAACAUGACGUGUAAUGCGAUCACAAAAUCAAAGGAGACCAGAUUUGAUAAAAUAAUUGAAUUAUUACGGCUAGAGCACUUAAACGAAGAAGAGAGAAAAACCGUCGAGGAAUUAAUUCGAAGGAAUCAAGAUAGAUUUCACCUUCCAGGCGAGACACUAGAAGGAACCGAGAUCCUAGAACAUCGAAUAAUUACAACGGAUGAUAUACCUAUCAAUGUUAAACAGUAUCGUUACCCACCCGCGCAUCGAGAAGAAAUAACUCGUCAAAUUCAAGAAUUAUUGGAGACUGAUGUCGUAAUGCCAUCGACAUCCCCGUAUAAUUCUCCGUUAUGGAUAGUACCAAAGAAACCAGACUCUCAAGGAAAUAAACGUUGGAGACUAGUUAUCGAUUAUAGAAAACUUAACGAUAAAACAAUCGGCGAUGCUUAUCCCCUCCCCAACAUCACGGAAAUAUUGGAUCAAUUAGGAAGUGCAAAAUAUUUCUCCACAUUUGACUUGGCAUCAGGCUUCCAUCAGAUCCGAAUGGCACGAGAGGAUGCUCACAAAACUGCUUUCUCAACACCGUAUGGACAUUUUCAAUUCAAACGAAUGCCUUUUGGAUUAAAAAAUGCCCCAGCAACAUUUCAACGAUUGAUGAACUCAGUGUUAUCAGGACUACAGGGAGUAGAACUAUUCGUCUAUCUGGACGACAUAGUGAUUUACUCAACAUCUCUUCAAGAACAUGAAUGUAAAUUUAACAAAUUAAUGGAAAGAUUAAGACAAGCCAAAUUACGAUUACAGCCAGAUAAAUGUGAGCUUUUACGACAUGAAGUAAGUUAUUUGGGACACAUAAUUAGUGAAGAUGGGGUAAAACCAGACCCAAAGAAAAUUGAAGCAGUGUCAAAAUUUCCACGACCCAAGAAAGCGAGAAAUAUCAAACAAUUUUUAGGACUAGCAGGAUAUUACAGAAGAUUUAUACCUAAUUUUUCCAAAAUUGCAAAACCACUAACUCAAUUAUUAAAAAAGGACGUCAUAUUUAAGUGGUCAGAAAAUCAAGAAAUUGCAUUCAACAAUUUAAAAACAGCGUUAACAACAAAACCUAUCUUACAAUAUCCAGACUUUUCUAAACCUUUCAACCUCUCGACAGACGCAUCAGGAUACGCAGUAGGUGGCGUAUUAAGUCAAGGGCCGAUUGGAAAAGACCUGCCGAUCGCGUAUGCCUCUAGAUUAUUAAACCCAGCGGAACAAAAUUAUUCUACCAUAGAAAAGGAAUGUCUGGCAAUCGUUUACUGCGCAAUGCAUUUUAGACCAUACUUGUAUGGUAGGAAAUUUACUAUAGUAACCGAUCACAAACCAUUAGUUUGGAUGAACUCCAUCAAAGAUCCUACGUCGAGAAUUUGGAAAUGGAAACUAAAAUUAUCAGACUUCGAAUUCGAUAUCCAACACAAGCAAGGCAGAGCGAAUGCGAAUGCUGAUGCAUUGUCUAGAAACCCCCCAGAGGUUUGCCUACCAAUUAGGAAAAGAGAGGAAGAUUCACCAUCUCAUCAUCCUAUUCCAAAGAGAUUCGAAUUAGACACAUCAACUGAAGACUCUCCCAUAUUCGAAGCCAAACCACGCAGUUUACCUCUUCCGUUCUAUGAUCCAAGGAAGAAAAGGAAAACUAUUGCUAGAAAGCAUUUCACCAUAGAAGAAACCCCCGUGAAAUAUUUCGACCAAGCGGCCGAUGAUACCGACGAAGCAUCUAUUCAAGGAACAAGUAAUGUCGAAAUGACAAGAGAAGAAGAGAUCUCCUCGCCACACUCCGAGUCGCCACAACGACUAGAAGAGAAAGUUAAACCUACAAUAACUGCAGAAUUAAAGAUCUCCGAAACGAGAGAUUCAAUAGUAAAAAUAAAUGAUCAUAAGGUAAUUUUUAUUGACAUAAAAGGGAACCCAGUAGACAGGGGAGCUUUAGAAAUAAAGGAAGCAGGGAAACUACCAAAUUAUGAAGAUUUAAUGUUGGAAAGAGCAAGACUGCAUCGAGAUUUAGGAAAACUAAUAAUAUCUUUACCCGUAAAAGAAAAUCGAAACAUCCCAAUAACAACAGAAAAUUUAUUAAAUUCACUAAGUUCCUUGCUGGAUGUGGUAAACGAGAAGCAAUUAAAAUCCUUCGGCAUCAGUAAGGGAAACCUAGAAGAAUUACCAUGGCGAUACAUAAUCAGGAAAUUGAAAGAAGUAUUUUUAACAAACACCAUACACAUCACCAUCUGUACCGGAGAAGUAACCAUUCCACGAGUGGAAAACCGAAACAAAAUAAUACAAGAAAAACACGAAUCAUCGGUAGCAGGACAUAAAGGAGUAACUAAAACUUACCAGAGAAUACGACAACAUUAUUACUGGGAAAACAUGAAGAAAGAAAUCCAAGAAUAUGUAAGAGCCUGUAAAGAAUGUCAACUGAAAAAGUUAACUAGAAUUAAAACGAAGCAACCAAUGGUACUUACUGAUACACCGGGCAGAGCAUUUGAUAAAAUCAGUAUGGAUAUUGUCGGCCCAUUACCAAAGACACAAAGGGAAAACGAAUAUAUAUUGACAAUUCAAGAUUUAUUAACGAAGUACUCUCUCGGGAUUCCGAUUAAGGGAACCUCUUCGGCCGAAAUAGCAGACGUUUUUAUUAAGCAAUUCAUUUGUCGAUUCGGGUCACCAAGAGCAAUCUUGACCGAUCAAGGGGCGAAUUUUACAUCUUCGCUAAUAAAAAAGGUAGCUAAGAAAUUUCGAAUAAAAAGAUACACCACUACAGCAUAUCACCCACAAAGCAAUGGCUCUAUAGAAAGGUCACACCACGUAUUGAAAGAAUAUCUCAAGUUAUAUAUUGAAAAUUCCAGAAAUUGGGACGAAUGGGUGGAACUAGCCAUGUUUUCUUAUAAUACCUCUGUACACGAAGGAACAAAAUUCUCCCCACACGAGCUGGUCUUUGGGCACUUAGCCAGAGAACCAACCGGUGAAAUGAUGAUUGAAGAAAACAUAGAACUAACAUACGCAGAAUACCUCAGAGACCUGUUCGAUAAAAUCAACACUAUACAACAAAUGGCGAGAGAAAAUUUGAUGAAAUCCAAAUUAAAAUCAAAAGAAUACUACGAUAGACGAAUCAACCCGCAAAAUUUCAAAACAGGAGAUCUAGUAUAUUUACUAAAAGAACCUAACAAAGGGAAGCUCUCCGAUCAAUAUUCAGGUCCGCAUAAAGUAUUAGGAAUUUUGCAAAAUCAAAACGGAAGUCAACCGAGUGCUAAUAACAAACCUAAUUAA